UAGUUCCACAGCAAAACUAUGUAUCAAAGAUAAGUUCUGAUGAUCAAAAUGUCGGGUAUCUCUGUGUCUGCAGCUUUGAAAGACCAGCUGCAAACUUUGUGCUUGAGAUCCUUCCCAUGUGGCCCUGGGAGCUGGGCACAUUCCUAUUUGAAAAAUGGCAAGUCUAUCUCAGUUGACCCACUAUUGGAAAUGGGAAACGACCCACAACGUGAAAGUCUGGAUGACUUGAAUGAUCUUGUAACCUGUGAUUGCUCUCCCUGGAAGUUGGAGGAUGGUUGUAGUCCUGAGAUCCAUCAUCUGAGACUGUUGGCCAUAAAAUGUCCUGAAAACAUCACUGACCAGUUUGUCUAUUCAUACUUUACAUCACUGAGGGUCGUAGAUAAAGAGGUGAGUGACGUGGAUGAACACCUGCUCAGAUUCCAUAAUUUAAAAGAACUGGUUUUAAGUGUCAAUAAAAUAAAAACUGUACAUUCAUCUAAUCUUCCAAGGACAUUAAAGGUGCUGGAGCUCUGUUCAAAUCAGAUUUCAAGCUUGAAGGAACUGAGUACAAACCCUCCUCCCACACUACAACAUCUGGGCCUCGCUUAUAAUAAGAUUCAAUGUUCCUCUGAAAACAUGUACUUAACAGCAGAGCAGUGGCCUUAUUUGGUUUCUCUUGACAUGAGUUUCAACGAUCUUACUGAUCUCUUCGACCUGGUUUCAAAAUUAUCGACCAUGCAGAAGCUAAGAAUUCUUAUACUUUUGGGAAAUCCAGUGACUUUCCUCUCUUAUUACAGAGGAUACACCAUAGAUAGUUUCCCUGCAUUGUGUGUACUGGAUGAUAUCCCCAUAUUACCUGAUGAAAGGCACCUUUUUGCUGGGCUAUCUAAAAAGAAAGACAAUCUUGAAAACUCGGCACAGAUCUAUGUGAGUGUUGGAAAGUUAAAAGGCAUCCCAAACCCAGCAAACUCCUCAGAUCUACAAUCAACAGAGGCAUAUCCUGUUAUUACCUACAAUUACUAUGUGACCUAUGAAUUCAUUGAGAACCAGUCAAGCAAAGAGUUGACAGCUGUUGCAUCCCAGCGUGAGGAAAUUUACAGAGAAAAUAGUUCAAAGAGCCCGGUAGUGGUGAAUUCUACAUUUCAUACUGGUUCGUACAAGACUGGAGGAGCACCUUGGAAUGAAGUUAUUGAUUGUCAGUAUAAAAAAAUGCACAAUGUGAAUGAUCUGCUGGCAUUGAAGUCCUUCCUAAUCUCAGGAAUGAGAGUAACUGUUACAGAGGAAAAGACUUUAUCAUGGCCCUUGGACCCAGAGCAGAUCCAGAAAUCAAAGGUCGUUUCGGCGUCUAACAAAAAAGGAGACAGAAAGGAGAAGGGUAGAAGCAGUUCUAAGGGGAGUAAAGCUGAAUCAAAGAGUAAGAAGAAAAAAGAAACCUUUGAUGAUUUUCGUCAUGAUCCCCCAAUCAUGAGAACAUUUGGAUCUGUGCUUGUGUCCUUAGAAAAUCUUGCACAGGGAGAGCUGGAAGUAUACAGCCUUUGUAACUUUGGAAUAUUAAACUCAGAAGAAAAGAGACCAUCAACUGCAUGUGAAAAGAACAUUAAGAAAACUAAAAAUCAGAAACCUGAUGACAGACGGGAAAGUGCAGGCAGUCGUAAAGGAACCAAUUCAUCUUCAGGAAAAGGAAAACGCAAACAUACAGCUGAACAAAAACCUGUGGAAGAGCAAGUAACUAAUCAGAUUGAACCUCUAACAGCAGAGAUACGUGUACAGUUAAAUACUUGGGAGCCAUCAUCAAAAGUUAAGACGUCAUAAGUAAAAAUACGCCUUUCUAGCAUAACCCAUGUGUCUUCACCACCAUGCUACUUUAAGUAAAAAUGAUUAUUCAUUAAAGUAUAGUCAAUGUAAUGCUAAAAUAGGUUGUGUGCUAUGCCCUUGAAAUGUAUCUUUUAUUGCCAAAACAUGCAGGAAUUUUUGUAUGAGGGUGUCCACAUAUGGCAUUAAA